AUGUCUUUGAGUGCGAGAGAUCCUCUUGUGGUAGGGAGAGUUGUUUCUGACGUUCUUGACCCAUUCACGCGAUCGAUCACUAUAAGGGUUACAUAUGGCCAAAGAGAGGUGACUAAUGGGUUGGAUCUAAGGCCGUCUCACGUUCUCAACAAGCCAAGGGUUGAGAUUGGUGGAGAAGACCUCAGGAAUUUCUACACUUUGGUUAUGGUGGAUCCAGAUGUUCCGAGUCCUAGCAACCCACACCUCCGAGAAUAUCUCCAUUGGUUGGUUACUGAUAUCCCUGCGACAACUGGAACAAACUUUGGCAAUGAGGUUGUGUGUUACGAGAAUCCAAGUCCAACAGCGGGAAUUCAUCGCAUCGUGCUGGUUUUGUUCCGACAGCUCGGUAGACAAACAGUCUAUCCACCAGGAUGGCGUCAAAACUUCAACACUCGUGAGUUUGCUGAAAUUUACAAUCUUGGCCUUCCUGCGGCUGCGGUUUUCUUCAAUUGUCAGAGGGAGAGUGGAUGCGGAGGACGAAGAAGCUAG